AUGGCUGUGUACGUAACGAACGGCACCUACCAGCCGGGCAUGGAGCCCAAGCGGCAGCGCACGGCCUACACGCGCCACCAAAUCCUCGAGCUGGAGAAGGAGUUCCACUACAACCGCUACCUGACGCGGCGGCGGCGCAUCGAGAUCGCGCACACGCUCGUGCUGAGCGAGCGCCAGAUCAAGAUCUGGUUCCAGAACCGGCGCAUGAAGUGGAAGAAGGACAACAAGCUGCCCAACACGAAGAACGUGCGGCGCAAGACCAACCCGGCGGGCGUGACGACGACGGUGGCGCAGGCGGCGGGCGGCAAGGGCGGCGCCAAGGGCGGGGGCGGCCGUUUCGCCUCGAAGCGAGGGCGCUCGGGGGGCGGGGCGCGCAGUGAAUGUGACUGCGCGUGCGCCGCCCGCGAGGAAGGACGGCUGGCGCUACGUUUCCUUCACUUCUGCAAAGGACCCUGUGGUACCGGUAAGGACGGAAAGGUAAAGAUGGAAGUUCCAGCAAAACUGGAAGAACAGCAAGGGUUGGAUGGGCUACAAAGGCGUCAAUAA